ACACCAUGCAUAUUGUUCUGUUGCUUGUCGGAUCAACAUCAACUGAUCUUUUGGACGGUAAAUAUCUGACGUAAUGAAGCUUUUGUCGAAUUUUUUGUUGUCCUCUUCUUCAUCUUCGCUAUUCAGCGAAUCGAAGCGCAAAAUGGAUACGUUGCUAAUCCUUUGCCAUCUAUUCGAUGUAUCCAUGGAUCCAUGGUGAAUGUCCCGGAUUGUGUAGGUGUAUUGAACUACUCAAUUCCAGAUUUCAGCUCUAUACCAGAUUUACAAUCUUCUUCACUGCAUGGGUACGUAAGUACGGCGACUGGUACGUUCAAAAUGAUGGCUGGAAGUCAGGCGUGUAAUUCUGCUGGAGUCAAGUACAUAUGUCAUCAAAGUUUCAGAUAUCGUUGCGAGGGUGACCAAGCGGUGGUGGCUCCGCACAUACUUCGGGCAUCGUGCAACAAUGCUAGAAAAAGUUGUCCUGCUUUGGAUCCAUUUUUGUUAGAUAUAUUCUUCAAUUGCUCAUCCAUUCUUGAUGACUGGAUAAAUAACGUGAAGUUCCCAUUGAAAGCUAAAUGUGUCAUUUUUCCAAAGCUCAAUAGCAGUCCUUACUCAUGUGCUAGGAAUUAUAAGAUCCCUGUGACUGAUAAGAUGAAUGCAACUGGCGUCAGCAAUAUUGUUGUUCGACAUCAUAAACGUCUGGAGCGAAUCAAUUUGGCUGACAAGCAGUGCAAGAACAAAAUUGCCGAUGUAAUGUGUAAAACAACGCCUGCAUGCUCUAAAGAUCAGACCAAAGCUAUUGCUUUGCUGAGCAAGCAAAAGUGUCUCGCUGUUGUCUCGUGUUUGAAAGCAACCAACAACGCUACAUUGAUCAACCUGGCGCAAGGAAUGUGUGAUUUAUUCCCUGUCGGAACCAAGAAGAACAUCUACCCACUUCAUAAGGUUUAUAUCUGAUCAAUAAGUGAAAGCGUAAAAAAGGCCAUUAGGUCUAAUAAAUCAUCGCUGAACAGGUGGGGUGAAAUAACAUUAACUAAACUUGGGUAUAACGGAUUAAUUUUUCAUGUAU